AUGACCAAUUCAGAUAGCAGCGAUCCAGGCGGCGACCCAAUACUCACCCCUUCAUCCCUUGAGUCGCCGACCCUGCAGCAACCUCCCAACCGAUCAAGACAGCCUUCGCCGACUCCUUUGCGAAUCUCCACCUUGCCCGAAGACGAGCACAAGCCACGCUCUUCGAAAGAAGCGCCGCUAGAUGACGGUUUGGACCUGACAGAUAUGUCCGGUCGGGGUCCUCGAGGUCCCUCGCAUGCGCCGCUCCUCCGGGAUGAAGACGAUAAGGCCGAAUACAGAGGACGCAGAACAUCUCCCACCUACGAGCCUUCGAACAUGGAGUCCUCCUUUCACAGCCACCAAACGGGCCGCAGCGUCCACACAUUGCGAAGCACCUCGCCCAACUAUCCAGACCCUGAGAACCUCACGCGUCGAAAAUACUACUAUGCUGCAUUCUUUUUGGUGGUGUCCCUGAUCUCCUUUGUGGUGCAAACCGAAACAGCCGUGUACAUCCAGCACGAGCUCAAAUGGGACAAGGCAUACUGCAUGCUGUGGCUCACCCACGGCUCUUGGUCGUUUCUAUGGCCCAUUCAAUUCGUUAUCCUGCGGAUACAGAAGCGAAAGAUCACCUUUGAUAAUUUCUGGCGCCGACACAAAACCCUGGUACAUACCACGGCGCAGAUGGUACAAUCGCAGGAUAUUCACCUCUCACCAACAACAACCCUUAGCAAUCCCUGGUCCUACAUGAUCAAGGCCACCACUUUUAUUACAACCUUUCUCACCGUCGCUGGUGGAUCGUGGUAUGUUGCGGUAAACAUGACUUCUCCCUCCGAUCUUACGGCCAUUUACAAUUGUUCCGCUUUCUUCGCCUAUGUAUUUUCUAUACUCUUACUUAACGACAAAUUUCGCAUGGAUAAAAUGCUUUCCGUGGGUCUGGCCAUUGUUGGUGUACUGGUGGUCGCCUAUGGUGACUCGAACGAACCCAAGCACGGCGGUCACUCGGGCGGCUCAACGAAUCCCAACCAAGACCCCGAUGAUCUUCCCAACAACAAGUUCCUUGGUAAUCUCAUCAUCGGCAUCGGCUCCGUCAUGUACGGUCUCUACGAAGUGCUAUACAAGAAGUAUGCGUGUCCACCAGACGGCGUUUCUCCUGCCAGGGGCAUGGUCUUUGCCAACACGUUUGGCAGCAUGAUUGGGGUCUUCACUCUGUGUGUGCUCUGGAUUCCAUUACCAUUCCUUCACUACACCGGAGUUGAAGUGUUUGAAUUGCCUCGAGGCAAAACGGCCGCGCUGUUGGCGGUCUCCACGCUCAGCAACGCGAUCUUCUCGGGCAGCUUCCUGGUGUUGAUGUCGCUGACUUCACCUGUACUGUCCUCGGUGGCCGCCCUGCUUACGAUUUUCCUCGUUGCUAUUACAGAUUGGAUGAUUACCGGCAAACCCCUUUCUGGGCCCGCCAUGCUGGGUGGUGCAUGCAUCGUUGUGGCGUUUGGCAUGCUUUCUUGGGCGACCUACCGGGAAAUGAGUGAAGAGGCAGAGAAGCGAGCCAAGGAGGACGAUGAAGCCAAAUGGAUUGGGGAAGAGGAAGAGCUGAUGGGUGGUGAGGCAGAUCGAGAUGAAGACGAGCUGGGGAGAGGGAGGAGGCGGAGCAGCGAUUCAUAG